GUGUUAUUGCUGUGACCCUGAACGCACCACGGCUGGAAGUAAAUGUACUCCUGUUGAUAGAAAGUGGGUUAAAUGUCGGAGUGUUUGUGCAGAGUCACGCUGCCUUCAGACUGCAAGGAAGUGACUUGAAACAUCUCUCAGAGGAACAUGGAGGAAACAGCGAGUGUGAAGUACUUCAGACUUUCACAGAUAGAGGAGCAAAACUCCUUCAAAUCCACCUGGAUCAUCAUCAACAACAGCGUGUACGAUGUCACCAAGUUCCUGGAGGAGCACCCCGGGGGGGAGGAGGUUCUCAGGGAGCAGGCGGGAGGAGACGCCACAGAGAGUUUCGAAGACGUCGGACAUUCGAGCGACGCACGAGAAAUGGCUCAAGGCAUGAUGAUCGGAGAACUGCAUCCGGACGACAGACAUAAGAUCGCAGCAAAAGAGGAAUCCUAUAUGACCACUUUGAAGGAUGAGCCCAGGUACACACACACACACACACACACACACACACAAGAUGGAGAUGAAGUCACUUUGCCUUGUGACAAUGUGAUAGAUGAUCAGGAUGAGUGUGAGAAUACUAGCUGGAGCUUCAGUUAUUCAAGACUUCCAGCAGCACUGACGCUGUUUGAAGACGGACAGAUUCACAAAGAAGCCAAAGCUAAAUCAGACAGACUGAGAGUUACAGAGAAUUGUUCUCUGGUUAUAAAGAAGGUCACAGAGGAGGAUGCUGGUGGUUACACCUGCUCACAGUUCAACAAAUCAGGAGCACAACAAGGCCCAGACUCUCUGGUUUAUCUGUCUGUUGUUAACAUGUGA